GUCACUUCCUGUAUCGUUCGCGCUGUGGUUUACCGGAGCUUUGAAUCGGUGACCACAGGAGUUCUCAAUGGCGUCUACAGAAGGGAAGAAAGAAGUAAAGAUGAUUUCAGAUCUGUCCAACCAAGUACUUCUUCAGUAUGAGAGCCUCCAAAAAGAACAUGAGAAAAUCAAAAAGGAGUGUAAACAAAUGCAAGAGGAAAGAGAUGAGGCCUUACAGAAGCUAAAGGAAUUUGAAAAAGUGUCUCACAGGGUGAUCGAGGAGGUGAACAACAUUCAGGAGAAUCUAGAGAUCGAAAAGACAUGUAGACAGAGUGUAGAGGCUUUGGCCUCCAAGUUGAACAGACAGAACCGCUCCCUGAAGAGGAAAAGUAUGCUCUAUAUAUCCAGUCUUAAUGCCAAUGUCGUUGCUGAGAUAAAUCUUGACGAUGAAGAAAAUGAAGAUCCACAGGAGGAGGAGUUAGGUGACUGUAGCUCCUCCCACUGUCAGCUCGUCAUCACAGAGCUGAGGGAUAAACUAGAGGUGAUCCAGGCAGAGAAGAAGCAGAUAGCGAUUGAUCUGGAGAAGACAAGAGAACAGCUCUGCCAGACUAGACAGGAACUGCUGAAAGAGAAACAUGAUAAUACUGUUUUGAUUGCUGAAACGUUCCAACAAAAGAAGCUCUUGGGAAAAUACAACAGAGUGUCUCAGUAUGCUCUGGAGGAGUUUGAGUCCUUGCAAGAGGAUCUAAAGCUUGAGAGGGACCUACGUUCUGAAGCAGAGAAGUUUGCGCAUGAGAUGCUAGUAGAACAGAAGAAGCUGAAAAGACAGAGCCAGAUUUUGGUCCAGAGUGUGUGUCCAGCCGAAGGUCUGCAGAAAGCUCUAGCAGAGAUCAACACACUGACACACACUCUAGAGACCCAGAGACUGGAGCACCAACAGCAGGUGAAGGCUCUGGAAGAACAAGUAAAUGGCAGUGAGUUAAAGAAGCAGCUGACAACGUUACAGAAACAAACCGAACUGCUAGAGGAGGAGAGAAAACAAUGGCAGCACAAAUACACUAAAGCUGAAACUGAGACCAAAGACCUCAGAUUUUCAGUGGAGGAACUGAAGAAGAAGCUUCAGCAGGCCUCCAACCCCCCACCAGCUGCCCCAGUGCCCCCUCCACCACCUCCCCCACCCCCACCUCCUCCACCUCCUCCACCUUCUGCUACCUCAAGCAACCCACUCAGCUCAUUGUUGUCUUUACUCCGGAAGAAAAAAGAUGUCAACACUGAAAUUCCAUUAGUAGAGAAGGACUCCUCUGACAAAAGCCCAGAGAAGGACGUUAGACAGCAGGCCGUUGAUGAGAUGAUGCUGCGAAUCAAAAAAGGCAUUCAACUCCGGCCUGUUUCCCAGACAACCAACAGAGCGAGACCAGGACCGAAAGAACGGACACCGUCAAAUUCUGCCAUACAGGAACUUCAGGGAAUCUUGAACUCUGUAAAGCGUCCCGGCCCCUCCCCCUCAUCUGGGACAGGGCCUCCUUCAGCAUCACCAAAUUCAGAGCUAGAGAAAGCCCUGCACAGACGGAGGCAAGCGUUAAAGACAACGCAGAACAACACGACUCCCAAUAGUUUUCUGGAUGUGACCCAGAUUAAGCAGACCCAGCCAAAAACAGACCAGAGCACAAGGGACCAGGACACACAGCUCAACAACCACAAUUUGCAAUGACCAACCCAAAACCACAAAGGAGUGCAUUGGUUGGAAAUCUGGAGCACAAAAAAUGGAAAUGUUGGAAGGAAGAAAAAAAUACUGAUCUUACAUACACUUUUACACACAUCAGGAUGAUGUUUUAAUGAAAAAUUAAUGGCCAAAAUCAGCCCAUUUCAUAUACAAACAAUAAUUAUAUGGUGAAAUAUAAUUAUUCUUAAAAUAUCUUUGUUAUUACUGUGACAAAUAUUGAAGUAUUUUAACAAUGGUGUGGAAGUUUUUUAUAAUAAUAUUACAAUACAGUACACUUUCUUAAUUUAAAAAAACCAUAAACAAUCAAUAAGCCCUAAAACAUCACACACAGAGUAUGAAAGUCUGAUAACUGAGAUGAGUCUAAGAGUUUCUUACUUUGUGAUUAAUUCCAGUGCAAGCAAUAAAUAAAUAAUAUAAUCUUGCAUAAAUCAUAAAUCUUAUUUUCUAUUAUUAUUUUUUAUGUCAUACAAGCAGCUCAGACAAAUGCCAUUAUGAUAAUGUUACACCGACUGCAGAUGAUGUCACACCAGGACUGAUGUCAUUUAUAAGAGGCAGUUUUAUUUCUCUGGCACCUGCAGGGACACAAAACUACCACAUUAAAAAGCACCAGUUUCCUGAAUAUAGACUGAAUUGUGCUCUUAAUUAUGGUUCUCUGU